CGUUACUCUCUUUAAUUCCCUAGGACAAGACAUGUAGGGUACUUCCCGGGUAAUCAAUUGAGUAAUGCCACAGCGAAUGAGAUUUAUCACGGCGUGACAAACAGUACACAUGCCACGGAUGCACUUUGACCAGAUGAAGGACAGAUAGACACUCACGACACUGAAGCCCAGCCAGACUUCCCCACCUUCUCUCCCAGAAGAUAAUGCCCCUCUAGUCACGUGCUAUCACGUGAUUUUGGUCAAUUCGAGGGCAAGCUUCCCAAAGUUGUUUGUCUCCAACAUCACAUCAUUAACCUCACUCAACCUCCACUUGUUCAUCUCAUUUCCUACACUACAGAUCGAUCACUCCUACUACCCAAUCCACAGCCAUGCUACGAACACAAGUUGUCAAGCUCGCCAGAGCUACUCCUUCGACACGGAGAGCAUUUUCUGCCUCAGUAUACCGUGCUGCUGAAGGCGAUACUGGUGCUCCGAGAUCCGGGGGUGUUGCCUCUAGCGAUGCCUUCACCCGCCGCGAGCAGGCCAGCGAAGCCAAAUACAUCCGAGAGAAAGAGAUGGAAAGCAUCAAGAAGAUCCGAGAAAAGCUCAAGGCACAACAUAAGCACCUGAAGGACCUCGAGGCGCAUUUGGAUGAGCUGGAGUCGUCCAAAGGCGGUGAACAGUAGGCCAGGAUGAUCAACAUUUGAGUCGACGUACUUGUUUCGAUGGUGGCAACCAUUGUCCACUGGCUGCCUCCGAAUCAACGUCAUGAGAUUGCUUUACACAGGUCUAUGAGGAAUGGGGCUGAGUGCGUAGCAGCCUACCGCCCACAAAUAUAACGCUUGUACAAAUCAGGAUCAACCUGCAAUGCCAAUUGCGUUCUCCGCUCAUCAUGCUUGGGUACAUCGACUAGUCUUAGCUAGUCGCUUGAUCUUUAUACAAAAUGUCUUGAAACACACCAUUGACUGAUAUCUGCUGGUCAACCAUGGCCGCC